AUGACCCUCGUAGAACAGCCGCCCCCCGCCGCACUCGGCCUCGACGCCGACUCGUCCGUCCUCGACGACGGAGGUGUCACCGCAGCCAUCCUCGAGGACGUGCUCGGUGAUGCCAUCUCGGAGCACGAGCCCCAGACAGACGACACGGCACACACUGACAACGCCGAGUCGACUCUUAACGGCGACGAGACCGACGACGCCGCCGCACCCAUCGCUGUCGCUGACGGCGACAAGGAGGCUGCUCCUGAGCCUGCUGCGCCCAAGGCUAAAGACCGUGGCGAGGACAAGGAGAACGGGCAAAAGUCGGAAGGAGGCGUGAAGAAGGUGCUCAAGAGCGGCGUCUUUGGCGCUUCGCCAAAGGCCGUCCCUACUCCCGGUCGCAAGGUCGUUGGCGGUGUCACUGGCAAGCCUGCCAUCGCGCCCCGCGCGUCGCUCGCGAACCGCAAGCCCCUGACGGCCCCGACUGCCGCGUCCGCUGCUCGCCUUGGGGCCGCCUCUGCUACAGCUGCUGGUGGUGCUCACCCUCCCCGCCCCAAGACGGCGUCCUCGUCGUCUACUGGCCCCGGUUCGCCUAGGGUCACUGCCCGCCCGCUCUCGUCGGCCACCGCAACGGCCUCGAGCGCCACGGCGGCCAAGGCGCGCCCGAGCCUCGCUCCCUCGACCACCCCCACCCCGCGCGUUCGUCCCGCUGUCACCAAGCCCGCCAUCCCCAGUGCUAGCGCCGCAGCUCGCCCGACAGCGGUCGCGUCGGCCAGUGCAGCCAAGGCAGAGGAGAUGCGCAAGGCCCGCGCCGCUCGUGAGGCCGCUCGCGCUACCACCCCAUCUGGCCCCAGCACUACCUCUGCUGUCCGUACCGCCACUGCCUCCCGCCUGGCCGCGUCCACGUCGUCGGCCGCACCCAAGCUCCGCGCCAGCCCGGCUCAGGCUUCGCUCUCUGCGUCAACUCGCGGCGUCACCAAGCCCGCUGUGGCCGCCACCCCUCUGAGGUCGCGCGCCAGCCUCGCCCCAGGCUCGACAACGGCCACCACUACUGCUGCCUCGAGCCUUGCGGCCCGCAAGGCCGCCGCCGAGGCUGAGACCCAGGCCAGGAUCGACGAGAUCACCAAGAAGUUUGACGAGGAGCGCCAGACCCUCGAGGCCAAGAUCCUUGCAGACAAGGAGGCCGUCGACGCUCGUAUUGCCGAGAUUGAGGCUGCCGAGGCCAAGAAACUCGAGGAGGAGACUUCUGCCCUCGAGGCUAAGAUUGCCGAGCUCAUUGCCCAGAAGGAAGAGCUCGAGCAGAGCCUUUCCGCCAAGACCGACGAGCACGCCGCUGCGAGCGCCAAGCUGGACGAGGCUAUCACGGAGCACUCCAAGGCCAUUGCCGCUGCUAGCGAGUCGCACGCCGCAGCUACGUCCGACCGCGAGGCCCAGAUCAACGACCUCAGUGUCGCCCGUGACCAGCACCAGAACGAUGCCCAGACUGCCCGUGACGCCCUUUCGUCGGCUCAGGAGGAGCACUCUGCCGUGGCUGCUUCGCUUGCCACCGUCCAGGCGGAACUUGCCUCCAAGCUUUCCGAGCACCAGGCUACUCUCAACCAGGCCAACGACGAGCGUGUUGCUCUUGAGGAGAAGCUCGCCCAGCUGCAGGCGCUGAACGACAAGCUCGAGGCCGAGAUUUCCGAGGGCGCUGAGGAGGCUGAGAAGAGCGUUCGCGGUCUUGGUGACCUGGAAGGCAAGGUGCAGGAGCUCCAGGAGGAGCUCGACGAGAUCAAGGCCGAGCUCGCCCAGGAGCGCGAGUCUCACUCCGCCGACAAGGCUGCGUGGGAGAAGGAGCGUGAGGCCCUCGCUGCCGACCGCGACGCCCACAAGGUCCAGGCCGAGAGCCAGGGCGAAGUCCUUGCACUUGCUGCCUCUGAGACAGAGGCCAAGCAGGCCGAGCUCAAGUCGCUCCAGGAGGCGCACGACAAGCUUAACGGCACCCACGCCGAGCUCGUCUCCCGCUCAGCUGCCCACGAGGAGGCUGUGGCCGACCUCAACCGCCAGCUCACCGAGGCCAAGGGCCAGGCUGACGCAGCCGUCGCCGACGUUGCUUCGGCUUCUGGCGCCGAGGCAGAGCAGCUCCGUGCGUCACUCAAGGACCUUGAGGCCAAGGUUGCGGCUGCCGAGUCCAGCGCUGCCGAGGGCGAGAAGGAGGCCGCUUCGCUCAAGGAUGCGGUCGCUGCCUCGUCUGCCAAGGAGCAGUCCCUCCAGGACCAGAUUUCCCAGCUCCAGCAGGACCUCGAGACUGCCAAGACUGAGCACGAGGAGAAGCUCGCUUCCGUCACCAAGUCGGCCCACGAGGACCUGGUCGCAACCCACGCGGCCGAGAUCGAGGCCCUCAAGGCUACCCACGAGGAGCAGCUCGUUUCGUCCCGCGACGCCGAGGGUGCUCUUGCGGCCAAGCACACGGACGAGAUUUCUGCCCUUCAGUCCGAGCACGAGGGCCAGGUCGCCAAGUUGACUGCCGAGUUUGAGGGCAAAAUCUCGGCUGCUGCCAGCGGCGCCAACGACGAGAUUGCGUCGCAGCAUGCCGAAGAGAUUGCGCAGCUCAAGGCCGCCCACGCCGAACAGCUUGCCGGCGUUUCAAAGGAGACCGAGACCCUCUCGGCCACCCACGCAGACGAGCUCGCUGCCCUCAAGGCUGAGCACGACGAGAAGCUUUCUGCUCUCCAGAGCGAGCACGAGGACAAGGUCGCUUCGGCCAGUCGCUCGGCCGCUGAGGAGGGUGCUUCAGCCCAUGCCGAUGAGCUUGCAAGCCUUCGUGCCGACCUGGAGGCCCAGAUCGCCGCUGCCUUUACUGCCAAGGAGACUGCCGAGGCUGCCCACGCCACACUGCUCGAGUCCGUAAAGGCCGAGUACGACGAGAAGCUUGCUGCUGCUUCGACCACUGCUAGCGAGUCGGCUGCCGCUGCCGCUGCCCACGCCCAGGAAGUCGAGUCCAUCAAGGCCGACUUUGAGACCAAGCUUGCCGCGGCCACUGAGGCUGCCUCGUCGCACGCCGACGCCAUCCAGUCUCUCGAAGCCUCGCACUCUGCGGCCAAGGAGGACCUAGUCGCCGCUCACGCCAAGCAGGUCGAGGACCUGACUGCCGAGCACACUCUGGCUGUGACCGAGGCCCAGACCGCCACCGAGACAACAGCCUCCCAGCUCAAGCAGGCUCAGGACAGCCACGCCGCCGCUACUGCCGACCUCGAGGCCGCUCGCGUGUCCGCCUCGGAGAAGGACACUGUUGUUGCUCAGCUCCGUGAGAAGAUUGAGCAGCUCGACAAGGAGGUUGCCGCGGCCAAGAGCGUUCCGCCUCCCACACCUUCCAAGUCGAACGACGAGGAAGUGGCCACCCUCAAGCGCGAGAUUGAGGCCCGCAGCGACGAGCUCGAGGGCAUGAACCUCAUGCUCGAGAUGAACCGCGAAGAGUUUGACAAGGCUAUGGAGGACCUCAAGGCGCAGCACGCGUCCUCCACCACCGAGUCCGAGUUCCGCAUUGCCGCUCUCGAGGAGCUCCUCAAGGCUGAGCGUGAGAAGGCCUCCGCUGUCCAGCACGACGAGUAA